CGCGUGCCCGUUCGUCCGUUGUCGUUCGUUGUUGGCUUGCUUGCAUUGCAAUUCACUCACAACGACAUCAACCGAGUCAGUGCUACAGCGCGUUUGUCCGCGCUUUAACUACAUAACCUAAAAAGUUUAACAAUCUGGUUAUUUUUAGUAUCAAUAAUUGAUUCUUUUUCCUAAAUACUCAUGAUUACCUCGAAUUUAUAAACUAGUGUUGUGAAAUAUAACGCCCAAUCGUGGGCGUGCGUGUAGUGUAUUUUUGUGCAACACAAAGUAAAUACAAACGGCAAGCUGUGGGGAUCAGGGGCCUUUUUUUUGCCGCCGCAGGGGAUGUAUUAUCCUGUGAGUAACGGCAAUGUCAUCGAUACAGGAACACCUACCCUACUGCACAUGGUGGGGACGGGUAUGGCGAACCCGUUCCCUGCGGCGGCGGCGGCUGCGGCAGCGGCUGCCCAGUUCGCGGCCAACGGGGACGCGUUGGCGGUGAAGGCGGAGGCCGGCGGGCCCGCGGCGCCUCAGCCUCCGCUGGUCAAGAGCGAAGGACCGCCGCCCCCAGCACCGCUCCCGCCUUCUAAUUUCUCGCCACAGCCACCUUCACAACAACAUGCGCCAAAUUCUAUAGAAAAUCAAAAUAAUGGUUCACAAAGCGACGUGGAUUCAAAUGAGGAUAGUACGCCUGUGAGCGUAUCAGCAGCAGUGGUCGCUCAACAAGCGGCCGCCGUGGUGGCGCAGCAAGCGGCCGCCGCGCACGCCGCCGCCGCCGCCGUCAGCGCCGCCGUCGCCAAUGCCGCCGCCAGCGCCGCUCAGCCUACCUCCCCGGACAAGACGCUCGUCCCCGUCUCCCAAGCCUCACAACCCAAACGGUUACAUGUCUCAAACAUACCCUUCAGAUUUCGAGACCCAGACCUUAGAAAUAUGUUCGGGCAAUAUGGCACAAUACUUGAUGUAGAAAUUAUCUUCAAUGAACGAGGCUCCAAGGGAUUCGGUUUUGUAACAUUCGCAAAUAGUGGUGAUGCGGAGCGAGCACGAGAGCGUCUUCACGGCACCGUGGUUGAGGGCAGAAAGAUAGAGGUUAAUAAUGCCACGGCCAGAGUGCAAACUAAGAAGCCACCUACGGUACCUAACGUGUGUGUCCAGUGGCCGGAAGGGUUGCGGGUGUCGGGCGUGACGUGGCCGUGGCUCGGCGCCGCGCCGGCCGCCGCGCCCGCGCCGCCGCUGGUGCUGGCCCCGCGCGCCGCGCAGCGUCGCAGUGUAUAUUACGACCCAUUCUUAGCUGCUGCCACAGCUGAUUCAAACUACAGACUGCAGGCCGCCAAGCCCGCAGCAGAGGCCGCUGCAGCCGCCGCAGCAGUAGCCGGUCCGUUGCUGAAGUCGCCGCUGGCGACGGCACAGCAAGCGGCAGCGGCGGCGGCUGCGGCCAACUAUGGGGCUGCCGCGCGCGCCGCCGCCGCCGCCGUCAGUGCUGCGCCACAACCCGCCGCACUCGCGCCUUUAGCUGCCACGUACGGAAGAGAAUAUGCAGAUCCUUAUUUAGGUCACGGCAUAGGACCAGUUACUGGAUACGGGACUGCAGUGUAUAGAAGCGGUUACAACAGAUUCGCGCCAUAUUAAGCCAGUGGAACAAAGAAACAAUUUUACUCGAAUAUGGAACAACUUUCAUCUUUACCCUAACAUGACAAUGGACUCUCUUUAUAAUCGUACAAACGUAAAACAUAAUUUAAGUUAUCAGUAAUAGUGUUAGCCGAGUACUGUAUAGGGAAACCUGGAUAGCCUAGUGACUACCCGGAGCGUCGCUCGCUCGGCCUCCGCAUCGAGCGUCAGGAACUUAUGAAUACCAAAGUCAAAAAAAUCUAACAGAAAUAGUUUACUAAGAUAAACCGUAUUGUAAAUUAUUUAUGUACCUAAUGCUAUACAAGUGCGAGCAGCUAAACUAAGUGCUUACGUUCUAUUUAGAUAGAUAUAUAUAUAUAUAUAUAAGAGUUACUAUUUUAUUAAUACACAUUAAUGAAUGUGAAUAUCUACAUCUUGCGUAUGGAUAAUGUAGAUCUUACACGUGUAAUGUAAUGACAAUAGAGAAAAAAAUUCAUGUAAACUAUAUUUAGUGAGCUUUGCACUUGCAUAUCAUAGAGAAAUUGUAAAUAUUGAGACCCGAACACUAACACAUUCAGGAUUCAGUUUACACUCGGGUGUAUUGUUCUAAAACAAUUCUUCGGACGCUCGUCGAUUCCCAUCAAUUAGAUCAGUUAGAUUUUAUAUUUUACGAUUCUCUAUUUUACUUUUUUACAUUUAAAAUUAAUGUAGAACAACUUAUACAUUUUUUACAGUUUCGUAAACGGUCUCUUUAGUUCUUAAUCUUCCCGAAUUUAAUUUUAACAGUCUACAUGGUGCGAGUUUAACACGGUGCCAUUUGUUUGGGUUGUUAUUUUACAAAAGUAAUUUUCAUAAAGUUACCUUCCUACCUAUAAUUUUAUAUAAGGUUAGUCCGUCGUGCAGCCGGGCGCAGGCCGACGCCGGUAUACACCACUGUAUACGUCCACGCUCGCUGUGUGUUUAGCUUCGCGCAAACUAUCGGGAAUAUGUUUACCUUUCGGUUAUUUGUAAAGUCGAUAAUCUCGACGGCUAGUAAUAGCGUUUAAUAUUUUACUAAUCUUAGACUUAAUGCUUUAGAUGUAGUGAUUAAGAAGAGAAGGGAACUCCAUCGAGUUCUUACAUAUCAUUGAGAUUUCUCCUUGUAAUUACGUUAGUGUUGUCUUCGACGGUGUCUAAUUUUAAAGUUGUAUUCUAUUGGAGCCCUUUAAUUUGAUCAAAUGCAGACGGGUCCAACCCUUUAGACGUCGUCGUGGUAAUCUUUAGACCUUAACAUUUGCAUUAGGAUUGUAAAAUAUUGUAACAUCAAAAAUUCGCUCAACGUUUAUACCAAAGCACAAAAACCCAUCGAUUCAUAUGUAUUCCGAGCGUUUGCAUGUCACUUACUUCUUCCCCAUAGAUUUCAUAGUCUUUCAGUUAGAAAAACUUAAAAAAUCUGUGAAAUUGUAGUUGUACAAUAUCUUAGUUACAUUAUUACGUUUUGAACAAUUUCAUUUUAGCUAAGUAAUUUUCUCUAUGAACAUAUCUAUUUGCCAUUUAGUGUAGUUUUUAUGAUAAUAUAAGUCUCCGACGUGAAUAAAGAUCUGAAAUGUUAUUCAUUGGUUGAAAAUUACCAUCGCGUCAUUCGUAUGUUGUGAAUUUAAAUCGAGAUUGAUUAAACUUCUGAUACAUUAGCUCACAUUCUAUUUCAGUUUUGCAUUAUACAUUCUUCGGAUCGGUGUUAUAAUUCGCCUGAAGUUGUAACUCCUGUUACUGACAUAUCAAGAUAUCUUUGUGAAGAUAUCACGUUUCCCCCGUCUAGAGCAAAUCAACGCUGCGUUGUCGACGAUGAUAGCUUUAAUUACUUACGAGUUAAGAUACAGAUACCGCCGCUCCGACUUGUCCAUGACGCACUGUUCUCACAAUGCAGAAUUCUAGUCUUUUAGCGCACAAAAUAUGUGGCAAAAGGUGCUUCGUGUUUGCAUGUGAUAAGUGAAGUAACUUCCCGGAUUUCGGUCCACUUUGCUCCUUGUACUAGGUUCUUUACGUAGAUAAGCUUCGUGUCAUAUUAUACUUUUGCAAAUUUACAUUUUUACACUCAUCUCUUAGUGCCACUGGCUUACAUAUCUAUUUUAAUAAGUUGUAAUUAUAACAUUUUAGACUGUAGUUGGUCAAGUUGCAGCUUCGAACAAUAUAAUUUGUGCUUUACUGCUGAAUACUCAUGCGUGAAUACGUUAUUUUAAGAAGUAAUUAUCGUUUAGUUUUGUAGGAAUAUCUGUUUUAGCUUUGUAAUGCAAGUUUUUGUAUUAAGUACAGUAUAAAAGUACAUGUGAUUUCUAAUCGAUGAUUUUAUUUUAUUAGUUUUUAGUAUGGUGUCACAUAAUGUUUCGUGUCACAAAUUUUAAUGAUUUGUAUGCGAUCAAUCUGGUUAUUAUGUUCGCGAGUGAGCCGGCGCUGCAGGCGGCCGCGGCUCUGUGUGUGGCCGUCAUAUCUAAUUACUUCUUACUCUACCAACCUCUACCAUAGAUUUAAAAUUUGCAACAAUACAUUUUAUAAUAUUGUUUACGUUUAACAGAACAAAUAGAAUAUUUUAGUUUUUUCAAAUGACAGUAUUGGUUUUAACGACUAAUUUUCCGAUGUUUCCCCAGCCUUAGAAUUUCUUUCGUGAAUUCCUCAAAUGCAUUUUAGUGUAAAUGUCACGUUUAUUUUCGUACUACUUUUGAAUUUCGUUGUGUUGUGCUGUAUCAACAAUUCAACACACACCUGUGAAUGUGACAUUGAUGUUAAAAUGCCAUUGCUAGCUCGCAGCUCGCACAGUGCGCGGCUCCCGCCUCAACAUUCACUAGGCUCACUUUGAUCGUUUUUGAUCACAAUGUUUUUUAACUUUUUAUUUUAUUUUAGAUGAUUCAUAUAAUACGACCAGUCGGAAUAUUAAAAUCAAAUGUUUCUUUUAAGGAAGACUUCUUUCACCAAGCCAAAUUGUUACAUGGGGGAAAAUUUGAAUUUAAAUUACAUAUCUGACAAAAUGGUUAGUGUGCUACGAUAAGAUUUGAAGAAAUAAAUCAUCAAGAACAAUGUAUUGUAAAUGUAAUAAUCAUUAAAAUUAAGGAUAAUAUGUAUUUUGUAACGCGGUUUGUUUCUCGGAUUUACUGAGAGAUAUAAAUUUUCAUACUAUUCUUGUUUCUUUAAGCUGUGCACAAAGUAUAUGAUCGACGGCUUCGAUUCUGUAAUCAUUAGAUCUAAACGAAUUGUUAUAUUGUGCAUAAUAAGAUGUCAUAUCAAUAGUGUUGUUGGCGAAUGUUGGCACUCACACUACGGCAACAAGAUUACUGUUAUACAUGGCCGAGGCGCCGCCGCCGCGCUGCGGGCAACCAUGGAAAACGUUCACGGCAAAAUAGCACUAAGCGAUCACAUAUUUCUUAUUCUCUUAUUAGACGAUAUUAGCCCGCUCAGCGUCGUGGCGGCCUCUUGCAGCGACUUCGCACCCGUCGGCUGCGCUGCCAACUGUAUAUAGUGUUAUCGGUGGUGACACCGCAUGUUGUGCGUAUGAUUUUUACCCUCGGGUUCAUAUUGUUAUCGUAGCCAGAGUUAAUAAGUAUCACUUGUUCGUCAAUUGCACUCGACGCUGUUCAGUUAGUAUAGUAGUGUACUCGUGUUAGCAGGGUUAAUAUUUAUGCCUGUAUUAUCCAAGUGUAUGUAUGUUAAAAUCGUAGUCGCGUCCCGGUACUCUAACUAAUCGUGGACAUCAUAUACCGACACGUCUACGAGUUUAAUGUUUUGUUAUAAAUAAAUCGAGGGAACAUUAGUAGACGUAUCGCAUACAGUUGUCGAUAAAAUGAGCAUGGCUCUUCGUGUCUUGUACGAUCAUUUGAAAACAACUGAGCAGGCCACGGGAGCCGCGCUAGCGCCUUGUGUAUUGUGUUGAAGCACAGCGCGACAAGCGAAUCCGGCAUAUGUAUGCGUUACGAUUCGAACAGUAUUUGGGAUACUAUUACAAUAUCGUGCUCAAUUUCCGUAUGUAUGUUGUACGUGUGAUGUUGAACUUAAUGUUUUGGAAUUAAAUAUAACUUACAAUAGAUUUGUUACAUAAUGAAUGUCUUCCGUUCGGCACAGUUUAUAGAUUCAUCGCACAUAGUAUUGUUGCACGUCGGUCCUGUGGGGGGGCUCCGCCACGUGCACAGCGGUCCCUCAUACGAUUUGUGAUAAACUAAAUAAAAUUUAUUGUAAUUUUCCUUUUCGUAUGGCAAUUUUAAAAUGAAUUGCAGAGCUGAUUCUCUCUUUUAUUGUAAAUAUAUUUUUUUUUUUCAAAUGAAAAUAUGAAUGAAGUUAAAUCAUUUGAAGCCAUUGGCAUUGUGUACUCAUUUACGUUAUUAAUAAAUUAUAGUAUGAA